UAACUGGCACAAUAUGGCAAAAGAAGAAUGGAAAUAAAGUUUUGUCCUCUAACCAGAUCAGCUCUUCCUCCUGUGCAGGCUCUGCUGGCCCGGCCCCCGAUUCUCUUCUCCAGCCCUCCCCUCCCUCUCUGGCAUUCUAGCUCUCUCUCCUCCCCCCUCUGUGAGCGUCACACAGAGGCAGUUGGUUCACUCCGCAGUGUCUGGGUCUCAGGGAGAGCUGCGAGAGGGUGUUAUUUAGGUCUGUUACAGUAGACGGGGAGUAGCUCAAGCAGGACAGGCAGGGGGAAGACACGAGAAUCACGCCCAGCUCAGCCCAGCUCAGCCCAGCCCAGCCCAGCCCAGCCCAGCCCAGUCCAGUCCAGUCCAGCGCCGCUCAGUCAGUCAGGCAGGAACCAGAUCUGCAUUCCAGCUGAGAGGGGAAGAGUGGAACUCGGGCAAAGAGAGACGAGCGACGAAGAGGAACGGCGGCAUUUCCAGCUAGCUGUUGCUGCAGUUUGUUGCAGCCGCUGACGUGAGCAGCGCCAGCAGGGCAAAAGAGACUGAGGACUUGUAGAGAGAGAGAUUUUUCCUUAGGGGUGGGCGGAGGGGGGGGGGGGGGGGGGGGUGCCAUGUUCGACUGCAUGGAGGCGUUGGGAAUGGGCCCCCGCCAGCUCUAUGAUGUCACCAGCCGCGGCACAUGCGUGCUGCGGAAGGCGAGCCCCUUCUUCGCGGGGUUGGACCCCUUCGCUUGGACAGGCAGUGCCAGCAUUCAGUCGGUGGAGACCCAGAGCACCAGCUCAGAGGAGAUGGUACCCAGUUCUCCAUCUCCACCUCCCCCACCUCGUGUCUACAAGCCCUGCUUUGUGUGCCAGGACAAGUCCUCAGGGUAUCACUAUGGGGUCAGCUCCUGUGAGGGUUGCAAGGGUUUCUUCCGUCGCAGCAUCCAGAAGAACAUGGUGUACACCUGCCACCGAGACAAGAACUGUCAGAUUAACAAGGUCACACGCAACCGCUGCCAGUACUGCAGGCUGCAGAAGUGUUUUGAGGUCGGCAUGUCCAAGGAAGCGGUACGCAAUGACAGAAACAAGAAAAAGAAGGAUGUGAAGGAGGAGGUGGUGCUCCCAGAGAGCUACGAGCUCAGUGGAGAGCUCGAGGAGUUGGUCAAUAAAGUCAGCAAAGCUCAUCAAGAAACCUUCCCGUCACUUUGCCAACUAGGCAAAUACACCACCAACUCCAGCUCAGACCACCGCGUUCAGCUUGAUCUGGGUCUAUGGGACAAAUUCAGCGAGCUGUCCACCAAAUGCAUCAUCAAGAUCGUGGAAUUCGCUAAACGGCUGCCAGGUUUCACCACCCUCACUAUCGCUGACCAGAUCACACUUCUCAAGUCUGCUUGCCUGGACAUUCUGAUGCUGAGGAUCUGCACACGCUACACUCCAGAACAGGACACAAUGACCUUCUCUGACGGCCUGACUCUGAACCGGACUCAGAUGCACAAUGCCGGUUUUGGACCGCUGACAGACUUGGUGUUUGCCUUUGCCGGCCAGCUUUUACCCCUGGAGAUGGACGACACCGAAACUGGCCUCCUCAGUGCCAUCUGCCUCAUCUGUGGAGAUCGUAUGGAUCUGGAGGAGCCCCAGAAAGUGGAUAAGCUGCAAGAGCCUCUACUCGAGGCUCUAAAGAUUUACGCCCGCCGUCGUCGCCCCAACAAGCCCCACAUGUUCCCCCGAAUGCUUAUGAAAAUUACGGACCUCAGGGGCAUCAGCACCAAGGGUGCCGAGAGAGCCAUCACUCUGAAGAUGGAAAUCCCCGGCCCGAUGCCUCCUCUGAUCAGGGAGAUGCUGGAGAACCCGGAGGCUUUCGAGGACCAAACAGAGCGCAACGACAGCCCGCCGCCACCCCCGCCCCCGCAGCCACCUCUGCCCCCCACCCUCGUGCUGAAGCAGGAGGCCGAGGACGAGGACGACAGCUGGGCCACAGAGAACGGCAGCGAGCCGUCGCCGGAGGAGGAAGAGGAGGACGACGACGACGACGACGUGGGCGAUGAAGAGAGAGACAGGGGCUCGGAAAGCGAUGGGGAGCAGUGGGGGGUUCUGGAUGCCAUAGAUUUAGACGGCAACAGGAAAGGCCUUGUAGGGAGGGCUCAGUGAACAGCCCAUUUCAUACACAUGCACUGAUUGAUGACACAUAUACGCACACGCACACACACACAACACAUAGAUAACCUCACUCCAUCUCGCACCUCGAUAAAAAGCUGGCCUUCUCACCCUCCUGCGCUCCCCCUCCCUCACAUCCUGGUGUCCUCCACAGCGGAGCCUUAUGAGUUCAGAAGCAUUAAACUGUGGCCCACAUGCUCCAUGACAAAUGAACUCCAGACACAUCGGGCAAAGGAGAGACGACAAUAAAACAGACACACACACACACACACACACACACACACAAACUCCUGUCAAGGCUAAGGGGAAUGUUACAUGACAAAAAGAAGCGAAGCUCUCAUGUCUCCACUAUUGUUGUUCCUAUCUGAAGAGGACAAAGCACAUUUGUCAAAACAAACAAGAGUACAAGGCAAAACCAAAUCACAUUAUGUUAAUCUUUUUUUUUUUGUGGUUAUCGAUGUUGUUAUUGUUUUUGUUUUUUCUUCUCAAUUUAUGAAAGUUCAUUUACCAUUGUAGUUUUGUCUGUUAUUCUGGUUUUAUAUGACUUCCUUGUUUAUUUUGAAGAGCUUUUCUGAGGAGAUAUUCAGACGGAAAGCAGAAUGCAGACCGGGUCUUCCGUAACACUUCAACAGUCUGUUUGUUUUUUAUUGGCAGUGGGGAGGGGACCUCACUGUGGGUGACAGUGAUAAUCAAACAAUGAGGACUGUUGUCACGUUGCAGUGAAUAAUCACAUCUCUGUUGUCAGAGGAAUUGGGAGCAUUCUCUUUUGCUCAGCUCGUUCAGGCCGCCGCUUUUGAAUUCAAUGUUGUGCCAAAGUUUGGGAAAGUUCCGAUUUUUAAGGGUGGGGGAGUUUGACUACUGGCAGGUCGUACACACACACACACACACACACACACACACUUUCAGCUGUUGCAGAUUUACACUUGAUCGUACAUGUAGCACUUUUGUACAAGACAAUUGCAUGAGCAUGUUCAACCGGCAAUACAAUCAACCUCGGAGCUCUUUCCGAUGAUGUCAAUGAAAAUAUAUACACACACGGAGGACAAAUAAACAAACAAAAACAGCGCAGCAAUUGAACACACGUAUGCAAGUGGAAAGCAGGAAAAUUCUUAUGGAAGAUAUUUUAGAAUAAGACUCAGGGCUUUUCGAUGAGGACCAAACACUAGCUGCUUGCAGGCACUAGAAACAGGCAAUAUUUAUGUGUAUCCUUGACCCCGUUUUGAUUAGCUCGACCCCCUCUGCGUGUACAUAGAAGGUGACAAAGAAGUCUGAGCAGGUGGCAUGGUUGCCAGCGUGACUUACUUCCAGCAUCGUCCUUGCCUGACCUUCGCUCAGGCUGGCAUCCAUGCAACACGCUGCCUUCUCAUCCCCCCCAAAAAAAGCCAUCGUUAUAUCAUCAUUUCUUGUGUAUAUCCUCACUUCUCUUUUCAAUGUGUAGGAAUAUGUGUUCUUAUGUAUCAUUUCUAUAUUUCUAUGUUGCCAAAAUCUCUCAUUUGGCAAGCAGUCGUGGGAAAAGCAGCAGAAAUACAGAAUUUUACUUUUCUUCUCUUUCAAGCAAUAUAAACUGUAGCGACGAGAGGGCCAAUAACAUGAAUGUGGGCAGGUCUCCUCAUUUUCAGUUGUGUGCAAGUGCGUUUGUGUGUGUGUGUGUACAGUUAAGCCCAAAAUUAUUCAUACCCAAGCCAAAUUGAGUUAACGUGAAUUUGUAUUUGUUGAACGUGUAUAUUUAGCUGGAAAUGACUUAAGAAUGUGUUGAAUUUUUUUCAUAACUAUUCAAAUAUUCACAGCCUUUCUCUUUCUAUGCAUGCCAAAUGUUCUAGAUCAGUGGUAACGCAAACAUUUUACACCAAGUGCCACCUAAAAAGAUACUUUAAAAUACUAACUUUGGAAGCCACUGUAACAAUAUACACUGUUUGAACAUUAACACUCCACUCAGAUAUCAGGAAAAAAAAUGAUUUGCAUUGCACAUAAAAGUUGAAUUAAAAUUGCACCUAAGUAAAUGUUUGAAAACAAAUAGUUCAUGAAAUGAAUGCAAACGUAUUGAGGUCGAAAGUUCAAUACAACUGAACUGUACUUAGGCAGUGAUUCUUUCGCAUGCCACUGGAGGGAGCCCAAUUUGAGAAUCACUGUUUUUUUAGAAUGCUGUAGAUUAUCCUACAAGUUAUCUGUAUCCUUUAUAAUGGUGCAAAAUAUUGUUUCCUCACAUUUGUCUGUUAAAAUCAGGCUUAUGACAAUGAAGAUUCACCAUUCACCAAAUAAAAAUUCCCUUUCAAAUUCACUCAAAACGUAGCCAGGCUCUGAAUGACUUUGGGCUAACUGUGCGUGAGCGUGUUUUCAGCCAUAGGAUGUCCGCUGUUACGGUGCUGUCACACACUAAAGUGUCUUUGUGUGAUGACUCUCUGCUGGGCUGUUACCAUGUUAAUGGAAUGUUGAUGGAGACAGAACAUUUGAGAUGAUGCUGUUUUCAUCGUUCUACUUUUUCAACAUGGCCAAUGUGUUGUGUACCCAUUGUUUAUGUCAACUCUUGUUAUACAAAGAAAAGCCAUAUAAACAGUAAGAGGCACAAUAAACUACUUUUGUGAGAGUUA